GCCCCCCGCUGUUGCAGAUGACCAUGGGCGGUGGUAGUCACUUUCCUUCAGUCAGCUCGUGACCACAGCAGGGGUCUCUGUCAAAACAUCCGGCUAAACAAAAGUAUGAAGUAUGUGGCGCUACUGUCGCUGCUCUUGGCGAAUGUGGUGAAAGAGCCGACGCCGCUAGUGAAAGUGGGGAGCGGUCUAGUGAGGGGGCGAGUGAGUGAUAAUGGCAGGAUAUAUCAGUAUUUUGGAAUACCGUACGCUACUGUUACUGAGAAGAACAGGUUUCAGGCUCCAUUGCCGCCACCAAAAUGGGAUGGCAUCUUCGAAGCUAUCAACGAAAAUGUCCGAUGCCCACAAAAAAUGUUCGGUCCGAUCAUUUUGGGUGAUGAAGAUUGUCUUAAAUUAAAUGUAUAUACGCCAGCUACAGUAUCUCCAAGAAAACCACUCCCAGUAAUGGUAUUUAUUCAUGGUGGAUGCUUCUUAGAGGGAACUGGUUCAGCAUUUAUUUAUGGUCCAGACUUCAUUGUCGAGCAAGAUGUAAUUUUUGUCGGUAUUAACUACAGGCUGAACGUAGAAGGAUUCCUCUGUCUUGGUAUAAAAGAAGCACCUGGAAAUGCAGGUCUAAAAGACCAAAUAGCAGCUUUGAGGUGGAUUCAAAGAAAUAUCGCGGCAUUCGGAGGUGACCCUAACAAUGUAACUUUGUUUGGUGAGAGUGCGGGAUCGGUGUCGACUUCUUACCUCAUUCUAUCACAGGCAGCCAGAGGAUUGUUUCACAGAGCCAUAUUACAGAGUGGUGCAACGAUAGCUCCUUGGGCAAUCCAACAUGACCCUAUCAAAACAGCCAGAACAAUAGCGCAAGAAUUUGGUUAUUUGGGAAGCAAUCCUCAUGAAAUUUACAAAGUUUUAUCAACUAAGUCAAUCAACGAAUUAAUAUCUGCUAUCAAAUAUACGAAGCGAAAAAAGCUUGUUACAGCUGAAACGUUAUUCGUACCGUGUGUUGAAAAGGAUAUACCGGGCGUCGAGUCCGUUAUUACAAAAUAUCCAAGCGAAAUAUUGGAAGCUGGUAACUAUACAAAAAUGCCUAUAAUCAUUGGUUAUAACGAUAAUGAAGGUAUAUAUUUUACUGGUACGACCCACGGGAACAGCAUAAAGAAUGUUAACGAAGAAGUGAACCUGGACGAUAUAUUCCAUAGUGAUUUAAUAUUCCCGUCUGAGAUAACUAAAAAUGUUACAGUUAAGGCUAUUCUAGACAGAUAUUUUUCACCAACAAACGAUGACCCUAUAAUGGACUUAGUCGAUUUAAUAUCUGAUGUUCACAUAAAAUAUCCAACGGCUCUAGAAUCCACGUUAUAUGCCAAGACAACAGAUCAGCCAAUUUAUUACUACCUCUUUAAGUAUAAUGGAUACAUUAACAUGCCAAAGAUUAUAUCUGGUUUUAUGUUUAAGCCAGGGGCGUCUCACGCGGAUGAAUUGUUUUAUUUGUUCAAACCUCACACUUUUCCAUUGCCACCUAGAUUAUUUGAAAUGGAUAUGAUAAAACGGAUGGUGACGCUUUGGACAAACUUUGCUAAAUAUAGUGACCCCACGCCAAAGAUCACGAGCCUCCUUCCAGUGCGGUGGCGGCCGAGUCGAGCAUCGAAUCCCAUAGCUCUCAUCAUAGACAGUCGUCUCACCACCGCGCCCAUGUGGGAUGACAACACCAUGAGCUUUUGGAACAACAUGUAUACUAAAUAUAGAAGAAAGAAUUACGGUAUUUUCACACCAGUAUUAGAAAUAAGUCAAGGCAAACUACGAGGAUUGCGGGGCAAUGGGCAGGACCGGUAUCUGAGCAUACCUUACGCGACCUGCGAAAGAUUCCAGCUACCCAAGAAACCACCGAAAUGGAAAGGAAUACUGAAUGCUAUAAAUCCAUUCGUAAGAUGCCCCCAAAAAAUGUUUUUCUUCACAACUGGCGACGAAGAUUGCCUUUAUCUUGAUGUGUUCGUCCCCGAAUGGACAAAGAAAUCUGAUAAAUUACCUGUGUUGGUCUUCAUACAUGGAGGAGCCUACUUCAAAGGGAGUAAGGAAUUAUACGAUCCAGAAUUUCUCGUUAUCAAGGGUGCGAUUGUAGUAAAUAUUAACUACAGAUUAGGGGUAUUAGGAUUUUUGUGUCUCAAUGGUAUAUCAAAUCUUGGGUUAAGAGACCAGGUAGCGGCUUUAAAAUGGAUACAACAGAAUAUAGCUUUAUUUGGAGGGGACCCAGAUAAUGUGACACUUUCUGGACAAAGUGCUGGCGCGAGUUCUGCGUCUUUACAUUUACUCUCCAAUUUAAGUAAAGGCCUAUUCCAUAAAUCAAUAUUAAUGAGUGGCAACGCGUUUUCGACGUGGGCUUUCAACGUUGAACCUUUCUCAGUUGCAUUAGAGGAUGCGAGGAAAAUAUCAGCAGCGGAUACGGAAGAGGAUGUGUACGACAUAUUUGCUAACGCCCUCGUGUCCACACUUAUGGAUGCCACUUACGAUACCUCAGUGAACCCACGAUACUUCAAGUACUCACCGUGUGUAGAUAACAAUUUCACAGACCCGUUUUUCAAUGGCACUCCAUACGACAUCGUGAAAUCUGGAAAGUUCAAUAAAGUCCCUAUAAUCGUGGGAUAUACGGACGCGGAAGGUGGGUUCUUUUAUAGGUUAUUGAGUAACAAAUUAGUUAAAGAUUUAAAUGAAAAUUUCAGUGAUAGAUUGCCAUGUGUAUUUUCCUGGUGUUCGGAGAAAGAAAGAAAUAAAAUCGGGAAAUCAUUGCGAAACCAUUACUUUAGACAAGGAUCUAUUAAUUAUAAAACGUCUGUAAAGGGCUUGAUUCAAUACUACUCCGACUGGAUUGCGUACGGCUCUAUUAACGCGUUUUCAAAAAUAAUGACUGAAUUCUCUGAUCAGUCUGUCUUCAAUUACCAGUUUUCUUAUGAUGGUAGCAGAGACUACGGUAAACUCAUUUCAGGGGUGGUCUUUGAGGGCACAACUCAUGCUGGUGAGUUGUUUUAUAUAUUUAAACCCCUGGGUAUGUCGUUACCUAUGCCCGAAAAUGACCGAAUAAUGAUUGACAGAUUCACAACGCUAAUUCUGAAUUUUAUGAAACAUGGGUACGUAUAA